UUAUCUUUAAAGCUGGUGCUUUUGGACGUCGUGCAUCUGAUGGUGGUGCCAAUUUGCAUAUAUAUUACCCUUCCACAAAUAACAUGCCACAAACACCAGGACCCGCACAACAGAUGGAGACAGGUGCAUAUUAUAUAAAUCCAAAUGUAAUUGCCACUGAUAUGAGUACUGGUGCACAUUCAACAAUAUGUGAUCCCAUGCAACAGACACAUCCUCAUCCAGCUACGGACAGUACAGCAACUGGAGAAGAAAGCAGUGAUGAAAUUCAACGUUACAUGCAAAUACGUGGUUGUGCUAAACGACACACUGUUGGCUGUACGGAUGAUCUUUCAGUAACACAUCACCCGGGUGACAACUGCUGUGUAUAUGAACAAAAUGUUAUACCAGGUGCACAUAUGGGCACCAAUAUCACGCAGCAAAGUGUAGUAACUGGAGUUGCUGGUAAUAAUGCAGGAGGUGGAAUACGUACAAGGCGUACCGGUCUACUAACAGUCACAGAACGUCCUCCAGUUAUAAGUCCUGAACUCAUACGUGAAGUUGAAUCGCGUAUGAACCGAAACUAUAUGCCGCCUGCAUUAAAAAUGCAACAAAGUACCAAUGUUAUUCUUAGUCAGUCCCCGCCUAGUGGCACAUUUGGUGCCCAUUCCCAUUCAGGAAGUUCCAAUAUCUUGCAAGCCCAAUCGCUGACAACGUCAUCUGUACCAUUGGCGUCAUCGUGCGCAGCUAAUAACAGACGUAUUUACGGUAGAGCUUGUAAGCUACCCACUGUACAAGAAGUUGGUCGUUAUAGUCCUGUGCGUCGUGCUUCAGAAGGUUCGAAGGCACAGUUUCAAGGACCGUUACAAGAGUGUCAGUAUCUACAAAAAGGUAUUGCACAGCGAAAUUUUUUGGUUGCACCUAGUCCGCCGCUUUUAGAAAAUUCUAUAAGUUUGCCUGGUUCUCCAAUACAUGGUAAGCCUGCAAUGCAUAUGAUGUUUCGACGUAAUCAAGAUAUUGAGAUUCCACAAGAAGCAAUUAAGACGCUAUUACCUGUAUUAGAUCGUCUAACGAAAGAGCAACGGAUCAGCAUUGAAAUGGCCAAAAAAAUUAUGACUACAGGCACUGUACCAUUAGACUUGGCUUCAUAUUUGGGUCUCGCAGCUCAUUCACAGAACACUGUAAGCGGUGGCAAUUUAGAUAUCUUACACACUCAACCACAACAAAUGCAAAGCUGUGGGGUUUUGCCACUUACCUUAUCAAAUAAUGCAAAUACAGUUAAUACAAUUAGUAAUACAAUGGGUGGAUAUUCAAAGCAAAUGCUUGGACAAACAUUGUAUCAACAACAAAAACAUAGUGGUGCUGGUGUUGGUACUGGUUUAGUGUGUCAAUUCAGUAAUAUAAAUCUAACUACAAGUGGUUCACCAACGUUAAGUCACUUUAAUGUUUCAAACAAUAGCAGCGGUUGCCAAUCGCCAGUUUACAAUAGUUUCAGUGGUAGCUCUUCACCAAAUACGUAUAUGACCAAUAAUAACACAUAUAUGCCAUGUGGCGGUAGCGGUGGCAGUUCUUCACCAUUACAUCAAAUUACGAAAGGUAUAUCCGGUCUUACAACUGGUGGAGGAGGUUCUAUUACACGUGGCACAUCAGCUGCUUGCGAAUAUGCUUACUCAUCUGCUGCACAACCCUUAGAUCUAUCUAUGGAUGUUUGUAGUACGGAUAUACUUACGGAAAAUAAUACUAAUUUAUAUAACCAAGCACCCAAUGCGCAAAAUUGGUUUUUACCUCCAGCAUCUUACUAUGAUUUGAAACCUUUAAAUUUAUCUCCUGCUCAGCCAGUACGUGUGGUAACUACACCACCAGCUUCUCCUAAUCUAUGUAUUAUACAGGAAGAAAUUGCUAAUGGACAAAUGUGUCACAGUAUAUCUACUGGCACACCGUAUGCUGGAUGUACAGGGGGUGUCAUGUCCGAUGAAUCUGUAUCUGCUUGUCAACCUGCUCAUCCUCAAAUAUGCUUAACCGAUGUACAAGGUAGUGAAAUUACUUUGGUGUCUUCGGAGAAUAGUCAUGAUAGUGACUGCGAGUCAAUUGAACCACAUACACCAUUAGUAUCUCUGCAGGGUCUUAUUAUAACAGAACCUUCAACUGAUAUGCCAUCCAUAACCCGAGGUAUUGGACGAAAGGCAAGCCUUGAGAAUGAGAACAUAUCCGCCCUACGUCAAGAAGCCGAAAGAAAUAAUAGUACAAGUGCAAACACAUCAUCAGCCAAUACAGAUGGAAAUCGACGUGGAAGUGAUAAAUCGCUGGGUUUUUCUGAUGAUUCUUUGAGCAAUGAUUCCAAUAAUUUGUCACCUUGCCAAGAACCGUCAGCAAGUUCAGGUUUUAAAUCAGAUUCUCAUUCGGAAAUUGGUGAUCAAACAGAGGGGCAUUUAACACCAGAUUCGAUGUGUGACUCCAGACGCAUGUCUGAAGAAAUGUGCUAUGAAGUUCCGUUACCACAUGAAUGUUCUAAUUUGGAUUCAACACGAAUUCUCGAAAUUGUUAAACAAACAAUUGAUUCCACAAUGCCACCAAAGGGUUUUAUACUCCAUAAAGGUAGCAUUUCAAAUGAGGAUUGCAUUAAUGCUAGUACGUAUGUGGAAGGAAGACAUAAUAGUGUAACAAAUUCGAUAAUGAGUGAUUCCUCAGUAUCCAGCUCUUCCAUGGAUACUGGACCGACAACAACAAAUUUGAAUCUUGAAUUUUCCGGUGGCUUACAAAUCGAAUUGCAAGUAUGUGAAGGACGGAGUCGCGAUAAUCAAGGUGCAGGCAAGGGUAUUAAAUUAAGACGUAUUUCCGGUGAUCAAUUUGAGUAUGGAAAAUUAUGUCAACAACUAAUAAGUACGCUAACAAUGCAACAGGUAGCAGGUUAACAAAUGGAGUAAUGAAGUUAUAGCUAUAUAAUAAGAGGAUGGUUUAUUUAUACAACGAUGGAUUGUUGUAAUUAAAGAAUAUCAAUAAACUAAACAAAAAUAGGUUAUGCAUUGAACACAGAUAAAAAGACAAACUUUUAUAGAGAGAUACUUUAGAGCCUUGCAAUGUACUUUUUAAACGAAACUUAAAUAAUCAAUAAUCACAAAUUUAAAAUUUAUUAUUGCAAAUUAUAACAAAGUUUUCAAUUUAAAAAGCUUUUAAAUUUACAUUUCUCGUUUUAAAUGCACACAAUUACGUAUAUGUGUACGUAGGCAAGUAGUUAAUCUUUUCGCUAAUUUAAUCGAAAUUAAACAGACUUCUGUAGUUAGUUCGUAUUGGCCUCAAGUGUAAUAUAUGUACAAUUUAAUAUUAUUAUUAAAAGUGUAAGCAUUUUAAAUAAAAUUUAUUAAUGGCUAUUGUUUAUAUGUAAAUAUUUAUGUGUAAUUGACGAAUGUUCGAUAAUAUUCAAUUCGAUAAAAUUUCAAUUAAACUUUUACUCGUAAAGUAGCGUAGAGUUAACUUUAUUUA